CCUGUGCCUUCCGCCACUUGGUCGCGGUUGCCAUGCACGCGACUUGGCACGGGCCACCCAAACAAGAACAUCAACACCAAGGUCCUGUUGCGAUAGCAUCACCAGAAACCAGACUAGACGACUUGCGCAAACAUCUAGAAACGCUCAGGAAUAUAACACUCUAUACGCAAACUCCACGCGACACCAGAUAAGCCAACAUGCUUCUCGACGAAGACCCCGCUGCCCUCAUCGCGCAAUGCACAUCCCACUUCAAAAUCGCCAACGACAAAACGUCACUCCACCGCAUAAACGAGUCUCUCAGCACUCUCAGCGAAUUCCGCACCCAACACCUACGUUCCAUCCAAUCCUCUCUCAGCGCGCUGAACCGGACACACCAAACCCUCUCCGCAAACCACAACCACACACUCAGCCAACACAACCCCACAAAUCACGCAGCAGAAAUAUUGAGACUAGACACCGAGAAGUUCAAGAUCGCGAAGCAGGCAAGUGAUCUGGAGAUCGAGGGCGAGAGGCUGCAGAGCGAUCUCGCGAGAUUAGGGGGUGUAGCUGGCGAGUUGGAAGAGGAGGGCGUAGAAGGGGGUGUUGAGCCUAGAGCGGGUGAGGAUGCGACAGUAUUGAAGCUUAAGCUCUACCGCACUCUCGGCAUCGAUGUCGAAGCUGACCCCACUACCGGCGAAUACAACAAGGCUGUUGUGCGCAAUGCGGCAAAGGGAGAUGUGCAUGUUGUCAAUAUCGAUCCCAAGUUCUCGCGGCACUUCUACACAAACUACUUUUGGCGGACGAUGUAGGCUAGACGCAUGGCUUUUAAUUGCGCUGGGCGCAGAAGUGUAGGGUACGGAGUGCAUGGGAGGUGUUCGGUUAUGACCUGCUUUCUGAGAUACCUUCGUGUUCAUGGCGUGCUUGGAUAUAUGGCGCAGCCUUUACAGUCACGAACAACACUGCUAGUAUAGUAGUUAUAUUCACUUGAUAUCAUGUUGUAUCUGAUCCCAGAUCACGUUGUGUUGAAUAUGCACUUCUUCGUGGCUACCGAAUUCGGUAUGCCCCUCGCCUCAUUGGCAUGCAAGCC